AACUCGACGGAUGGUCCGCCCACCACCCAGUCGCCCAGCCACCCCCACAAGCAAGCCAAAACAUAUGCGACUGUUGGCCAAAAUCGAUAUUUUCGACGAAAGGCGCACAAACGUUAAGCGGACAGCAAAAGGCCUGUUAAAAAUCAGGAAAAGGGAUACAAACAGAGAUUUUUACUGCGAAAAGGAGAUGAAGUAAAGGACGAACGGAAGGCGCAACCGGAGCAUCAGCCAGACACCCGAGAAUCCUGCCAGCGGCCAUGGCCAAGCCCCACUCGGAUGCGGACGCCUCUGGCCUGGGCUACGCCUACCAGCUGCCGUCCGGCGGCCUGCUGCUGCGCCUCAAGUCGUCCCUCUCGCAGUUCAGCGACCUGUUCAGCGACUUCAGCAGGUACAUCUCGCCCGCCUACCACCACGACCGCUGCGAGCGGUCCGUCCACAUGCGCCUCUACUCGAUGCACAAGCGCGAGUUCGUCAUGGUCUUCCUCGGCUUCUUUACCUGCUUCGGCCUGGGCAUCGUCAUCGGGCUGACGGGACCGCCCAUCACCAGCACCUCCACGCUGACCGCCCAGCAGAUCCUGGCCAACACCUCGCUGGCCAACAGCCCAGCAGUCCUGGCCACAGGACCCUUUGCCAUGAAGUCCCCUCUAACCACCACCUACUCGCAGCAAUUGUGGCUCAUCGCCAAGUUGGUGACGGAUAACAAUGAUGACGAACGCUACGACAAGAGUUUCCAAGUAAGCGUCUCCAUCGAUGGAAUCAAUGAGCAGCACAAACCGCAGAAUGUCCUCGGAUCCGGAGUUUCCCAUAACCGAACAAGGCACUUGGUUUGCGUUCGAAAUGACUGCGAGGAGUUCACGGUGAUGCAUCUGGGAUUCCUUGACUACGCCCACUAUAUUAUCACUGUGCGCUUUUACGGAUUGGAAUCCUUCCAUCAGAAGUACAAUAUACGGAGCAUUACAUUCUACUUCAAGACUUACAAUCCGGAAUUCACGCAGAUUGAGAUCUGGUUCAGAUGCAUCUUUCUGCUCUUUACUUUUAUUGUUAUAUGCUGGUAUGCCCACACCUUGCGAAAAUAUCCUAUCUAUGAUUGGUCCAUUGAGCAGCGAUGGCUGUCGGUUUUGCUGCCCCUACUUCUGCUUUAUGAUAAUCCAUUCUUCCCGAUGAUAUUCCUCAUGAACUCCUGGAUGCCGGGAAUGCUAGACGCCAUUCUCCAGGCCACUUUCCUUUGUGCACUGCUCAUGUUCUGGCUGUGUAUUUACCAUGGGCUAAGACAAAAUGAGCGCAGCUUCGUCCGCUUCUACCUGGUCAAGGUAAUCGUCGUUUUGCCUAUCUGGCUUUGUGCCAUUGUCCUUGCCACCUGGGAGAAGUGCAACGAGCUGAGGGACCCCACAUACAGUCACUUUGUGGACACGAAAAACUACAAUGGCUUCAAGAUGUUCUUCUAUAUUGCCUGCUGCAUGUAUGUGCUUUAUUUGGUGUUACUGCUGUUGCGAGCAUAUACCGAACUUAGGUCGAUGCCCUAUUUUGAUAUGCGCUUGAAGUUUCUCACGCUGCUCAUGCUGUUCGUCCUUUCCAUUUCGAUCACGGUGACCACCUGUCGCUUUGGCUUUGGAAUCCUGGAGGACAACUUUGUGGCCUCAUUAAACACCACCUAUCGCAGCUCGGCGCAGUUCAUGUGUUUCUACGGGCUGCUUAACUUUUACCUGUACACCAUGGCGUAUGUGUAUUCGCCGGAUGGACGCUUUGCCCAAGCGGAACUGGCCGUUACGAAGGAUAAUCCAGCCAUUUCCAUGAUCGACGAUUCCGACGAGGACGUCGUCUACGGCUCCGAUGAGGAAUCGCGUCGCCCUCUCACCGCUGUGGGCGGCGGAGCUGGAAAGAAUGACUACGACAGCGAUUGAUCGGACGUCUGGAUUCCAAAAUGUUCCAAAGCGCAAGCGAGGGUUAUAGUGCUAAAUAAGUGUACAAAAUAUUCUCUAACAUAAUGCAUAAAUUAAACGAAUUUCCGGAAUUAA